UGUUGUCAGUUCGUUCGCGAGAGUCAUACUCAACGGCUGUACGUUUGUGGCGUUGCAAAAUCGAUUCAGUUGUGAAAAUCAAAAAGGAAAAAAUUUAACAAUGCAAUAGAAUAACAAACAAAAUCGAGGUGACAAGCAAGUAAAAUUGCCAAGCGUAGAAAGUAUCGAAGAAAUUCGACAGAUAGCAACGAUAGUACAAGUGCUAAUAAAGAAUAUACAUAAAAUACUUGGCGCGUCAUUUGUGAUUAUUUCAUGGUGGAACGAUUAAGGUGGGUGCGUCAUACAAUGCGUUCAACUUAAGUAAGGCCGCGCUCACGCGAACGUUAGAGCGUGGUGUGUGCUGUUUUCCAAGUGCUUUACAGACACACACACCUAUGAAUUUUCAUGUACAUAUAUACAUAUAUGUAUGCAUGUACUUAUAAAGCUUUUCAAAGUAAAUAGAAAAACAAAAACAAACGCAUAGUGUGAUUGCAACUAUCAAAGACAGCUGCGCAGUACUGAUAACAGGUGGCUGUGGUAAGAGGGUAAAGCGAACAGGAGCGGUGUGGAAACGAGUGAAGCAAGGGAAACAGCUGAUCUAAACCAUUUACGAAGAGAUUGAAACUGAACUAUAAUGCAAGUUUUGUUGGUGCUUAACUUUAGGCAACGAAAUGCCACACGCCUUGCCACAAUCCUUUCCGGAGUGUUUGCCCUCAUAUUGUUCAAAGACAGCGCAAAAGCAUGCCUGAUUCUAGGAGCUGCAUUGGCGUUAUUGCUCAGGAAUCCAACCUUUGUCUACGCUUUCGGGACCACUAUUAGACGGGAUAUUGUAGCGGGGUACCGUUUCGUCAGGCUGAAUCUUUUCAUAAUGUUUAUGGAACGGAGGCAAUGGACUAUAGCACGCAUAUUUCAAGAACGCGCGAAAAUGCACCCUCAAAAGCCAUGCUUCAUAAUGGACGACCGCUCAUUAAGCUUUCAAUGGGUGGAGGAGUAUACUAACAAAGUGGGCGCUUAUUUCAAAGCGCGCGGCCUGCAACGAGGCGAUUGCGUAGCUUUGAUCAUGGAAACUAGACCAGAGUAUGUGUGUCUCUGGCUGGGACUGUCGAAGAUUGGUGUCGUCACAGCAUUAAUCAAUUCACAUUUGCGGCGUGAAACGCUGCUGCAUUCAAUACAUGUGGCAAAUGCACAAGCCAUUAUUGUAAGCACCGAACUUACUAAAGCAUUGGAAGAAAUUUACUACGACAUGGAGAUCAAGGCGUUACCAGUGUAUCAAUAUAGUGAUGAUGAACAACGAGAUAUUGAUAACUUUAAUCUCUUAAACGGUGCUAUUGACCUCUCCAGUGCCUUGCAAGUGCAGCCGGUUGAAGAUCUGAGUGCGAGUAUUGCCCUUUGCAAUCCCAAAGACAAACUACUCUAUGUGUAUACGUCGGGCACUACGGGUAUGCCAAAGGCCGCAGUUAUAAAUAAUCUAAGGUACUUGUUUAUGGCCAGCGGAAUCCACCAUAUGCUCGCUCUGAAAACCAGCGAUGUCAUAUAUAAUCCCUUGCCACUUUAUCAUACUGCAGGGGGUAUACUUGGAAUUGGAAAUGCCCUGGUGCAUGGCUGUACCAUCGCCAUGCGUAAAAAAUUUUCUGCAUCAAAUUUCUGGAAGGAUUGCAUCAAGUACGAUUGCACAGUGGCGCAGUACAUUGGUGAAUUGUGUCGUUAUCUUCUAUCCACGCCUCCAAAACCAGAGGACACACAACACCGUCUACGCUUGAUGUACGGCAAUGGUUUGCGUCCACAAAUUUGGUCUCAAUUUGUAUCCAGAUUCAACAUUCCAAACAUUGGCGAAGUCUAUGGAUCCACUGAGGGCAACUCGAAUCUCGCCAAUAUGACCAAUCAAGUGGGUGCUGUAGGUUUUGUGCCACUCAUUUUGCGCUCUUUUUAUCCCGUACAAAUUAUUAAAUGUGAUGAGGAGACAGGUGAACCCAUUCGAAAUGCUAAUGGCUAUUGCCAACGCUGUUCGCCUGGUGAAACCGGGUUGCUAAUAGGUAAAGUGAAUCCAAGACGCGCGGCGACUGCCUUCAAUGGGUAUGCUGACAAGAAGUCGUCGGAAAAGAAGCUGUUGCGAAAUGCAUUCAGGGAAGGUGAUCUCUUCUUCAACUCUGGUGACAUGGUGGUUGGAGACAUCCUGGGAUAUUUCUAUUUCAAAGAUCGCACUGGUGAUACAUUCCGUUGGCGUGGUGAAAAUGUUGCAACACAAGAAGUGGAAGCGAUUAUCACAAAUAUCGUUGGUCUGCAAGAUUGUGUCGUCUAUGGUGUAGAUGUCCCCUACGUGGAAGGCAAAGCUGGAAUGGCGGCUAUAGUAGACCCCGAUCGCAAAGUAGACAUGCAACAUCUAUCAGCAGGAGUGCGCGGCAGUUUGCCGGCAUAUGCACGACCACUUUUCAUCCGAUUGAUGAAUGAUAUACCGCGUACUGCUACCUUUAAACUAAAGAAGAGAGAGCUUGUACGAGAAGCUUUCGAUAUUCAUCGAACUAUAGAUCCUAUCUAUUAUUUGAACAAAGAUGGUAUAUAUCGAUUGCUAACACAGGAGCAAUUUGAGGAUUUGUUACAUGGCAAAGGCGGACUGUAAAAACAAAUAAUUGAACAAUAUUCUUAAAAUAGUUGGAAAGUGAAAUUUUAACGGUGGCAUUUUGGAUUGUGAAAUUAUUUUUACACAAAGAGUUGAGUGCAAUAAUGUACAAAAUGAACAAAUUUAAUGGCCUUAGUCCUUAGUCAAUGUAAAGUUUCAUAUCUUGCGCUGGCUGUCAUAUUUGAAAUGUCAUAAAAAAGUUUUGUUUAAGUAGUGUUGAUAUGAAAAAUGUUUAAUAUGUGUGAAUAUUUUUAAAUGAAAUCGAUUGAUAAAUAAGUAUGCCGUUUUGUAAGUUCAGAGAGAUAAAUACAUGUAUAUAGUACAACAACUGGUUACCACUGCAUGUUAGUACAAUUUUGAUUUUAAUGCAAUAAUCGAUAUAAAAUUUAAAGAAUAUUUGUUGAACGAAAACAAAUUUAUUGCCGUAUUUUACAAAGCUUCUCACAAAAUCUUAUUAUACUAUUUUUAAAGAAUAUGUAUUAGUUUUCCAUCCGAUUUCAAGGUUAUGAAAUAUUGAACUCUCUGUAGUAUUUUUUACAAAUAAGAAAGAAAAUAAAAUUGAAGAAAUUACGAAA